CUGGAAAUCCAAGGAACACUUGUGAGUGUGCAAAUGCAGAAGCUCAGCUGUUGUGUAGCACACGUCUCCUUGUGUCACAGCUGCACGAUUCAACGCUAGGAGUUGCUUCCUAAGCCUUAUUGAUCUGCUUUGAGUGACUGGGAAUCGUUCCCGAUCCUGAGAACUAAGUGCGACCGUGCUGCUACGUGCGUCUCUCGCUUCUCUGCCACUUGCGGCAGAGAAGGCAGGGCAGGCUGCUGUGAGGAUGGAUUGUCGCUUCCAGGCUCUGGCACCAUAAGGAUCUGAUGUGCAUGUGGAGUCCCCGGAGGGCCGCUGGGAAGCAGGGAGGCAAAGCGAGAAACAGAAACAGGCAGCGAGGGGGACGCCAGUGAUACGCACGUGCCAUUCAGUUCCAUCACUGUGUGAAUAUUAUGAGCAGCCUUUCCUCUUUGUGCCAGUAUUUCCAUAGUAACCUGCUGACCGGGCAAACCUGGCGAUUGGGCGCACCUGGAAUGGCAGCGGGCAGGUAACUUGGGACCUUCCCCCUGUUCCUUGGGUUAUUGUGCAGCCGACACGCCGCAGCAGUUACAGAACAGUAAUGUGUAAAGACAAGUUCCCCAUUCAGCACCUGAAUGUAUGUACUUACAGAAGGGUUUUAAGUGGGACACUAUCAACAGCUGGGAUAGAGAGCCACAAGGCCUUGGGUGCAACUAUAUGUCUAAGAUGAAUGCAGCUAACUACAGACCAAACAAGUGGUAAAACAACUAAACAAACCAAUCACCCUUUCCUACAGCAAGGCAAAUGAAUUCACAUUCUCUCUGCACAGCUGAAUAUAUUUAACCUGAACAGAAAAUGAAGAUGGGGAAAAAAAAAAUAAAAGCAACUGCAUUAAUGUUUCUCCCCCCAGUUGCCAGCUCGAACAUAAGUGAUAUUCAUAUCGUACCACUUCAAGGAGAGCACUUGGAAAAUGAUCUGCCAUUGUUGGACUUAAUGAAGACCACUGUAUUAUUGAGGCAUUGAAUUGUAAUGUUCAUCAUCCGGUUGCUGAGGUGUAGAUUAAAGGUUUAUAGACAAGAUGUAAAUCUUCCACAGGAUGGAAAGGAGUGAAGAAUGCGAGCGAUAGCAACUGGGGUUUCAGCACUCGAUGGAUAUGUGCUUCACGCAGUGACUGGUUUUUAAUGCGAUAUGCUGAUACUGAAGGCUCAGAGACAAAAUUACAAAGUUUAUUGCCUCUGUCCUCUGUUUUUAAUCAUUCUCUGAACUGUGUCAAGUUCAGAAAACUAUUGUGAUGGAAAAAAAGGCACCUGUCUGUAUUUGCAACUCCUGAAUUGUGGAUUAGUUUGCUGAGGAAUUUCCACUCCAAAGGGCAGAAGUUAGAUGUGAUGGAUUUAUCUUCAGAAAUGAGCAAGCAUGCGAAGAAUCCAAUAAGUCAUAAGCUGGAAGAUCAGAAAAAGAUUUACACUGACUGGGCAAAUCACUACCUAACAAAGUCUGGUCACAAGAGACUGAUAAAGGAUUUGCAACAAGACAUCGCUGAUGGUGUAUUGCUGGCUGAAAUUAUCCAAAUCAUUGCAAAUGAAAAAGUUGAAGAUAUCAAUGGCUGUCCAAAGAGCCAAUCACAGAUGAUUGAGAAUGUCGAUGUCUGUCUUAACUUUCUGUCGGUGAGAGGGGUUAAUGUCCAGGGUCUUUCUGCAGAAGAAAUAAGGAAUGGAAAUUUGAAAGCCAUUUUAGGACUGUUUUUCAGUCUGUCACGAUUCAAACAGCAGCAGCAUCAGCAGCAACAGUAUUAUCAGUCACUAGUAGAACUUCAGCAGCAUGUGACUCAUUCCUCUUCUGAAACCAGCCAACCCAAAACACUAGAUAUGCAGUCCAGUCUGACAGCCAGAUAUGCAACUCAGUCUAAUCACAGUGGAAUUGCAAGCAAUCAAAAAAAGACUACUAGACUUCCAGGUCCUUCCCGGGUGCCAGCUGCAGGCAGCAGUACCAAGGGUCAGGGAACAGCUAAUUUAAAUCGAAGAAGUCAGAGCUUUAACAGCAUUGACAAAAAUAAACCACCUCAUUAUGCAAAUGGAAAUGAAAAAGAAUCACCAAAAGGCCCUCAGCAGUCUGCAGGCAUGAAUGGAAAUGUGCAAUAUCCCACUAGCUCUGGUCAGCAAGUGGCCUCUGCCAUACCCUCCCCAAGUGCCAAUAAGCCUUGGCGCAGCAAAUCCAUGAAUGUCAAACAUAGUGCCACUUCUACCAUGCUCUCUGUAAAGCAGCCCAGCCCUGCAACCUCCCCAACCCUAUCUUCAGAUAGACUAAAACCUCCAUUGUCCGAGGGAAGUAAAACGUCAUCUUCUGCGCAAAAAUCCAUGCUUGAAAAAUUUAAACUUAAUUCCAGGGGUUCAUUAAGGUCCCAGUCUUCAUCUAAUGAAGUAAUUCGAGAGGAUGACAUUUUAUCAGAAUGCGGAGAAAAUGAUGGUGGUUCCAGCUUUAACAGCCCCAAAGUGUCACCCAAAUUAGCACCUCUGAAAGCUGGAAGCAAAAAUAUUAGCAAUAAAAAGUUGUUGCCUCAGCCAAAAGAUAAAGAUGAUAAAAACCGGGAUAAAAACAAGUCUAAUUCAGAAAAAGCUGCUAAAGAGGAAAAGGAACAAACAUCGGAAGGAUCAAAGAAGAGUUCAAAAAUUGCAAGUUUGAUCCCCAAAGGAAGCAAAACAGCCGCUGUUAAGAAGGACAGUUUGAUUCCCUUAUCAAGUGGGAUACCUAAACCGGGGUCAAAAGUGCCUGCAGCAAAGCAGACCACAUCUCCUGGUUCUGCAGCUGCCAAAGAGCCAGAAAAAAGCAGGACUACUAAAGGCAGUCAAACUCAGUUAACACAAAAAACAUCUGCCAGUGAAAAGGCAACUACUCCCUUGGAAGGAAAGACAUCUUCUUCUUCUUCCACAGGCACAGGAAAUGGUACUGUGCAACUCCCUCAACAGCAGUACACUCACCCGAAUACUGCUACUGUGGCACCUUUCAUUUACAGAACACACACUGAUAAUGACAGCACUUUAGUACCACCUGCUGACUCCUGCACAAGUCCAACGAAGGGUGAAUCUUCAUACAGUAAGACUGCCAAACAGUGCCUAGAGGAGAUAUCUGGAGAAGAUCCAGAGACACGGAGAAUGAGAACUGUAAAGAAUAUUGCAGAUCUAAGGCAAAACCUUGAAGAAACUAUGUCUAGCUUAAGAGGAACACAAAUCACUCACAGUACAUUGGAGACAACAUUUGAUAGCACUGUGACCACUGAAAUUAGUGGAAGAAAUUUACCAAGUUUAACAAGCCGUUCCUCUGCAAUGACAUGGAGACUUGGUCAAGCAAGUCCUAGGCUUCAGGCUGGAGAUGCUCCUUCCUUGGUUGGUGCUUACCCACGAAACAAUCAAAGUCGCUUUAUACAUACAGACCCCUCUCGGUUUAUGUACACUACUCCUCUUCGACGUGCUGCCAUUUCCCGCCUUGGUAAUAUUUCACAAGUUGAGAUCAGUGAAAAAGGAUGUCAUGACCUUGACAUAGCUUCAGAGUUGGAUGUAGGAGGUUAUAUGAGUGAUGGUGAUAUUCUUGGAAAGAGUCUUAGAACCGAUGAUAUUAAUAGUGGUUAUUUGACCGACGGGGGCCUCAAUCUGUAUACCAGAAGUCUUAAUAGAAUACCUGACCUUGCGGCCUCUCGUGAUGUUAUCCACAGGGGUGUACAUGAUGUCACUGUUGAUGCAGACAGCUGGGAUGACAGUAGUUCUGCUAGCAGUGGUCUUAGUGACACUCUUGAUAACCUCAGUACCGAAGACCUAAAUACAUCAUCUAUCAGUUCCUAUACUAAUGUUACUUCUCCAAGAAAGGGUAAUCAAACACAGUUAAAGACGGAUGCAGAGAAGCAUUUGUUAACCGAUUCUGAGCCUUGGUGCAAUGAUGAUUUAAAGAAACAAGAUGAUGACGUUGACAUCACCCUAGACACAAGUGGUAAAUGGAAAUCAGGUUUUUCUGAAGAAGCAGAUAAAGCAGGGCAGAAAUCUUUAUCCGUCUCUCAGACUGGAUCUUGGAGACGAGGCAUGACUGCUCAAAUUGGAUCAACCUCACCACGGCAAAAAUCAGGAAGUAGUUCCCUUAAAACACCAGGGAAAACAGAUGAUGUUAAGGCCUCUGAAAAGGUAAAAUCACCACUGAAAGGUACCACUCUACAACGCUCUCCCUCAGAUGCAGGAAAAAGCAGUGGUGAUGAGGGGAAGAAACCACCAUCUGGAAUUGCCAGACCAACCACCACCGGUUCCUUUGGUUUUAAAAAGGCUGGGGUGGGAUCUCCAAAUAUGGUAUCAGGAAGUGGUGCAACAAUUAACAGUGGCUCAGCAACUCUGGGAAAAAUUCCUAAAUCAGCAUGCAUUGGUGGAAAGGGAGCAGGAAGAAAAACUAGCCUUGAUGGUUCACAAAAUCAAGAUGAUACUGUGUUACUGGGUAAUUCAAAAACUGCCCUACAAUAUCGCAGUUUGCCACGUCCUUCCAAGUCAAGCACAAGUGGUAUUCCAGGAAGAGGAGGUCAUAGGUCAAGCACAAGCAGCAUUGACUCUAAUGUUAGUAGCAAGUCAGCAGGUGCUUCAGCAACAAAACUAAGAGAGCCCUCAAAAAUUGGUUCAGGUGGCUCAAGUCCUGUCACCAUAAAUCAGACCGAUAAGGAAAAGGAAAAAGUGUCAGAUUCAGAGAGUUUAUCCUUGUCAAGUUCUCCCAAAUCUAGUCCGACAUCAGCGAAUGCCUGUGGCACACAAGGACUUCGUCAGCCAGGAUCAAAAUAUCCUGAUAUUGCCUCACCCACUUUCCGACGGUUGUUUGGUUCAAAAGCUGGAAAUAAAUCAACGUCUGCUGGCAGUACUGAUGGUGGGAAGACCACUUCUGUGAUGCCCAGCCCUAGUAGCACAUCUUUGGCCAGACAAGGCAGUUUGGAUUCACCUUCAUCUGGUACAGGCAGUAUGGGCAGUGCUGGAGGACAAAGUGGGUGCAGCAGUCCUCUCUUCAGUAAGGCUAAUGAGCUCAUUCCUGAUGUCAUAAGCUUAAGCCAAUCACUGGCUACAAGCCCUGCAUCUAUUCACUCAUUUACAUCAGGAGGCCAGGUAUGGACAACAAAUUUGAGCAGUUCUUCAGCUGGGAGCAAGGACACGCCUAGUUACCAAUCAAUGACAAGCCUUCAUACAAGCUCAGAGUCUAUUGAUUUACCGCUUAGUCAUCAUGGCUCCCUUUCUGGAUUGACAGCAAGCACACAGGAUGUGCAAAGCCUGUUAAUGAGAACUGGUAGUGUGAGAUCCACACUCUCAGAAAGGGGUUUUCUUUACUUUAACAGUAUGCAACUUGACCGAAAUACACUUCCCAAAAAAGGACUCAGAUACACUCCAUCAUCCCGCCAGACCAGUCAAGAAGAAGGUAAGGAGUGGUUACGUUCUCAUUCCACUGGAGGCCUUCAGGACACUGGUAGCCAGUCCCCACUCUCUCCCUCUGGCAUGCCAUAUUCUGCUACUGGAAAAUAUCAUUACACCAAUCUGGUAAGCCCAACCAAUCUGUCUCAGUUUAGUAUUCCUGGACCAAGCAUGAUGAGAUCCAAUAGCAUUCCAGCACAAGAUUCUUCCUUUGAUUUGUAUGUAGACUCACAGUUAUGUGGAAGCGCUGCAUCUUUAGACGAAAGACAAAGGGCAAUCAGUCAUUCUGGAUCCUUUAGAGAUAGCAUGGAAGAAGUCCAUGGAUCUUCCUUAUCCCUGGUUUCCAGCACAUCAUCUCUCUACUCUACUACUGAAGAAAAGGCUCAUUCAGAGCAAAUCCAGAAACUUCGGAGGGAGUUGGUUGCCUCACAAGUAAAAGUGGCCACAUUAACAUCGCAGCUUUCAGCAAACUCCCAUUUGGUGGCAGCUUUUGAAAAGAGCUUAGGAAAUAUGACUGGAAGGCUGCAAAGCUUAACAAUGACAGCCGAACAAAAGGAAUCUGAGCUCACUGAAUUAAAAGAAACCAUAGAGAUGCUAAAGACCCAGAAUUCAGCUGCACAAGCUGCAAUCCAAGGAGCACUCAAUGGCUCUGAUUAUUGUCACAAAGAUAUGCGGAUUAGAAGACAGCACUCAUCAGAGAGUGUAUCCAGUGUUAAUAGUGCUACCAGUCAUUCCAGCAUUGGCAGUGCCAAUGAUGCUGAGUCCAAGAAAAAGAAAAAGAAAAACUGGUUGCGAAGUUCUUUUAAACAAGCAUUUGGCAAGAAAAAGUCCAACAAACCUCCGUCUUCCCAUUCAGAUAUUGAAGAACUCACAGAUUCAUCUGUGCCCUCCUCACCAAAAUUACAGCACAGUACAGAUGAUGCAGGUUCAUCAUUACUGAAACUAUCCCAAUCUAGCACAGAGAUUUGUGAAUGCACAGAAGCUGAGGCUGAAAUUAUCUUGCAGCUUAAAGGUGAACUCAGAGAAAAGGAACUGAAACUAACAGACAUACGUCUUGAGGCUCUCAGCUCAGCACAUCAUCUUGACCAAAUCAGAGAAGCAAUGAACUGCAUGCAGAAUGAAAUUGAAAUAUUGAAAGCAGAAAAUGAUAGAUUAAAAGCAGAAACAAGCAGUCCUGGAAAAACAGUUAGACCUUCUUCAGAAUCCUCAAGUUGCACUUCAUCUUCCUCACGUCAGUCCUUGGGACUCUCUUUAAAUAAUCUGAAUGUUUCAGAUCACUUCACAGCAGACAACAUACUGGAUGAUAUGAGAGAUGGAACCUUCCAAAAAGAAGGAUGUAGUGUUAAAAUUAUUGUCUCCAUAAAUAAAGGAUUUGGACGUAAGAAGGAUGCAAAGAGUCGUUUCUAUUUAAUAGGAUCCAUUGGAGUAAGUGGGAAAACCAAAUGGGACGUUCUAGAUGCAGUUAUUAGACGCCUGUUUAAGGAAUACAUAUACCGUUUGGAUCCUGCUGCUAAUUUGGGCUUAACCUCUGACUCCAUCUCCAGUUACUGCAUAGGGGAUAUAAUUCGAGCAAACAAUUCUGAAGUGCCUGAAAUGCUACCUUGUGGAUAUUUGGUAGGAGAUAACAACACAAUCACUGUGAACCUUAAAGGAUUAGAGGAAAACAGUUUGGACAGUAUUGUGUUUGAUACGCUCAUUCCUAAACCAAUUAUUCAGCGCUACAUUAAUUUAUUGAUGGAACAUCACAGGAUUAUAUUAUCCGGGCCCAGCGGCACAGGGAAGACAUAUCUAGCAAACAAACUUGCGGAAUAUAUUAUAAAUAAAAAUGGCAGAAAGAAAAUUGAGGAAGCAGUUGCAACCUUUAAUGUGGAUCACAAAUCAAGCAAAGAACUGCGGCAAUAUUUAGCAAACCUUGCUGAUCAGUACAGUGCCAAUAAUGAUAGAGACCACCCUUUGGUAAUAAUUCUUGAUAAUCUUCACCAUAUUGGAUCUCUGAGUGAUAUCUUCAAUGGAUUUCUAAAUUGCAAAUACAGUAAAUGCCCAUAUAUCAUUGGGACAAUGAAUCAAAGUAUUUCAUGCUCACCAAAUUUAGAGCUGCACCACAAUUUCAGGUGGGUACUCUGUUCAAAUCAUACUGAUCCAGUUAAAGGCUUCCUUGGAAGGUACUUGCGACGAAAACUAAUUGAAAUAGAGAUAGAGCAAAACAUGAGGAAUAAUGACCUUAUAAAAAUCAUUGAGUGGGUUCCAAAAGCUUGGCACCAUAUCAAUGACUUCUUGGAAACACAUAGUUCCUCAGAUGUAACCAUUGGUCCCCGACUUUUCCUUUCCUGCCCAAUGGAUGUGGAUGGAUCUAAAAUAUGGUAUACAGACCUUUGGAACUAUUCAGUAAUUCCUUAUCUGCUGGAGGCAGUGAGAGAGGGACUACAGAUGUAUGGAAAAAGAGCCCCUUGGGAAGAUCCAUCAAAGUGGGUAUUGGAGACAUUUCCUUGGAGUACUUCAUCACAACAGCAAAGCCCAGCCUUAUUACAGUUGAGACCAGAGGAUGUGGGCUAUGAUGGAUUUGCCACUGCCAAAGAGGGAACAACCUCAAAAAAUGUUUCACGGAGCGAAAAAGAGGGUGACCCAUUGAUGAAUAUGUUAAUGCGACUCCAAGAAGCAGCCAAUUUCUCUAGUGCACAAAGCUGUGACAGCGAUAGCACAAGCCACCAUGAUGAAAUUCUGGAUCCGUCACUUGAAUCAACGCUUUAAACAGAAAAUCACAGAUGUGGAAUUGUUGCUGAAAAAGAAACGUGUUAUUUCCACUCGAUCACUGCCAUUUGUAAAGCAGCACACUAAAGGCACAGAAACAGGAAAAUAUCCUGGUUGGCAGCGGAAAGUCGAAGUAAAAACUGCGGCGGAUUGCUUGAAUUAAUUUAAUUUUAAUGUCAGUGGAUUAGAAUGAGACUCAUUUAAUUAACUAGAGAGGGCCCUAGACAGAGGGCAAACAAGCAGAUUGCACAAUUGUUAGCCAAACUGGAAUUAUUUUGGUUUCCAAAAGGUUUACAGCACAGGUUCUGUGUAUAAUGCAUUUUCUUCUUUGAUGAUAUACUGUAUCCAUUGUGCAGUGCUUUUUCUUAAUAUUUUUUAAAAAAUCCACUUCAAACCUCUGAUGUAAUACAUGGUGCCGGUCACAUGACUACAUUGGUGAGAUUGUUGUGUACUGCCUCCAAGGUCAAUCAGAAGAAAGGUCCUCAGAGAAGCACAAAAGUGAUAUGUGCAACCAGAAAAUCUACUGUGAUAUACUGGAUAAGUGCCAAUUGUAAUUCUGAACUGCCAUUCUCAUGGUUAUGAACAAUGCAGUGUAUCUAAUUCAUAUUGUUUAAGUUGAGUGUUCUUUGUCAUCAUGUUGUUUAAUAGCCAACUCUCUGCCCAGCUUCACCUAUUUAUUGUCAAUAAUGAAUGAACACUGAUUAAGGUUUUGCUCAGUUUCAUCUCAGUAAGCCUUAGCAGUGAACAAAGAGAAACAUUUCCUAUGGUGCUGUCUCACUGCCUUAAUAUCAUAAUGCUUUACCAGUCAGGCAUUGCCCAAGAACCAUUGUUGUUUUUCUGCUGCUUAUGUUUUAGUAUUUGAAUAAUGAAUUGCCCAUUGAGUUCUCUCUCAUUUAAAGGGAUACUGUCAUGGGGAAAAAAUUUUUUUUUUCAAAAUGAAUCAGUUAAUAGUGC